AUGGCCGUUCUCUUCGUCUGGAAGUUCUUACAGUACAGAGACAAAGCUGCUUUUAAGGUCAUGGGUUAUUGUUUAACCACUGCUAAAGGAGCUGCAGAGACUCUCAAGCUCAACAUGGCUCUGGUUCUAUUACCCGUCUGUAGAAACACCUUGACUUGGCUGAGAUCAUCACGGGCUCGAGCUUUUGUUCCUUUUGAUGAUAACAUCAACUUCCAUAAGAUAAUUGCUUGUGCUAUAGUGAUUGGAAUACUUGUUCAUGCUGGUACUCAUUUGGCAUGUGAUUUUCCACGGAUUAUAAACUCAACUCCAGAAGAUUUUGCCUUGAUAGCUUCUCCCUUCAAUGGUGUAAAGCCUACAUUCAAAGACCUGAUGACAGGUGCAGAAGGAAUCACUGGGAUCUCUAUGGUGAUCUUGACAACCAUUGCCUUCACAUUAGCAUCAACUCAUUUCAGGAGAAACCGUGUGAGUCUACCAGCACCACUUGAUAGGCUAACUGGCUUUAACGCAUUCUGGUACACUCAUCACCUUCUUGUGAUUGUCUACAUUAUGCUCAUUGUGCACGGGACCUUACUCUUCUUUGCUGAUAAGUGGUACCAGAAAACUACAUGGAUGUACAUCUCGGUUCCUCUAUUGCUCUAUACAGCAGAACGAAGUAUACGAGCUUGUAGGUCCAACCAUUACUCUGUCAAAAUCCUUAAGGUUUCUAUGCUACCAGGGGAAGUACUCAGUAUAAUCAUGUCAAAGCCUCCUGGAUUUAAGUACAAGAGUGGUCAGUACAUAUUCUUGCAAUGUCCAACAAUAUCUAGAUUUGAAUGCCGACCAAAGUUAUUAGUAGACGGUCCAUAUGGAGCUCCAGCACAAGACUACAGAAGUUAUGAUGUCUUGCUCCUCAUUGGAUUGGGAAUAGGCGCUACUCCUUUCAUAAGUAUCCUCAAGGAUCUCAUGAACAAUUCAAGAGAUGAACAGAUAUUGAAUGAGUUCAGCAGAUCAGAUUUCAGCUGGAAUAGCUAUACAUCUUCAUAUACCACACCAACCCAAAUUUCAACACAAGGAGUGGAAAAAAAGGCAGUGAAGGCUCACUUCUACUGGGUCACAAGGGAGCCAGGAUCCGUAGAGUGGUUUAGAGGAGUGAUGGAGGAAAUAUCAGACAUGGACUUCAGAGGCCAGAUUGAGUUGCACAACUAUCUUACAAGUGUAUAUGAUGAAGGCGAUGCAAGAUCAACCUUGAUAAAAAUGGUCCAGGCUUUGAACCAUGCCAAACAUGGAGUUGAUAUUCUAUCCGGAACACGAGUGAGAACACAUUUUGCAAGACCCAACUGGAAAGAAGUUUUUGGUAGCAUAGCAAGAAAGCAUCCAAAUUCAACAGUCGGAGUGUUUUACUGCGGCAUACCAACCGUGGCAAAGGAGUUGAAGAAGCAAGCACAAGAAAUGAGUCAAAAAACAACCACACGGUUCGAGUUCCACAAAGAGAAUUUCUAA